CAUCAACCAAAGCCAACGACCCUUCAUUUCUUUACAAUUUUUUAACAUAAUCAACAUCAUCAUCAUCAUCAUCAUCUUACAACUGAUACAAAAGCCAGAGCCAAUUAGUAUAGAAAGAAAGAUAGCUAGAAAGGUGGCAUUUCUUGGGCAACUAACGUAUCUUCCUCAAAAUCAUCAUCUACCUUUUCCAUCUUCUUAACAACUCUCUUUCUCUCUCACCUGCAAGUCUGCUUUCAUAUUCUAUCUAUCUCUCCUCCACCUUAAAGUCCCUCUAACUUUCUCUUCCCCCUUUCUGUAUGUACUCACUCAUCUGUCACUUGGGGGAUAUCAAACACCAAAGUGUUUGAUCAUUAGCUAGCCUCCCAUAUCCUCCUCCUCCUUUCUGCCUCCUGCCUUUUCACUUACCUCUCAAACCCCCAAACAAAACAAUCUUGUGCUUUCUUUCCCUCUUACUUAUUUUUUAACUCACCAUUUUGACAUUCUUUCAUUGAAAGGGUAAGAGUUAGGAAAAAGGGUAGUUAGCUAAUUCUGUUGAAGUCUCCCUUUCUCUCUAACUGUCUGUAUCUGGCUAGCUCUCUUCUAAUUAAGCAAAUCAAGAGCAAUAAGCUACGUAGGGAAGAGAACAUCUGGUGGCCGAUGGCUGCACCGCCAAGUAGCAGCAGGCUCCGCAGCAUGUUACAGGCGUCAGUCCAAUCUGUCCAAUGGACUUAUAGUCUCUUCUGGCAAAUCUGUCCACAACAAGGGAUCUUAGUAUGGUCAGAUGGGUACUACAAUGGAGCCAUCAAGACGAGGAAGACGGUGCAACCCAUGGAAGUCAGUGCAGAAGAGGCCUCUCUUCAGCGGAGCCAGCAGCUUAGAGAGCUGUACGACUCAUUGUCUGCCGGAGAAACUAACCAGCCCCCGGCACGCCGCCCUUGCGCCUCCUUAUCCCCUGAGGACUUAACCGAAUCCGAAUGGUUCUACUUGAUGUGUGUCUCCUUCUCUUUCCCCCCUGGGGUGGGGUUGCCAGGAAAAGCAUAUGCGAGGAGGCAGCAUGUAUGGCUCACCGGUGCAAACGAAGUCGAUAGCAAAACCUUUUCCAGAGCUAUCUUAGCCAAGAGUGCUCGUAUACAGACGGUUGUUUGCAUUCCUCUACUAGACGGCGUCGUCGAACUAGGCACCACAGAGAGGGUUCCGGAAGACAAUGCCUUGGUCCAACAUGUCAAAACCUUCUUCGUUGACCACAACCACCCUCCUCCCCCAAAACCCGCCCUCUCCGAGCACUCAACCUCCAACCCUGCCACGUCAUCCGACCACCCACAUUUCCACUCUCCGCACCUCCCAGCAAUGUGCACCGACCCGCCUCUCGACGCCGCCCAAGAAGACGAAGAAGAGGACGAGGAAGAGGAGGAUCAAGAGGAGGACGAGGAGGCAGAGUCAGACUCAGAAGCCGAAACGGGCCGCAACGGUCAGCCCGUUGCUCCCGGUCCAAACCCUCCAGCUGUUUCGGCCCCCGCAGCAGAGCCUAGCGAGCUCAUGCAGCUAGAGAUGUCCGAGGACAUCCGGCUCGGCUCUCCGGACGACGCGUCCAACAAUUUAGACUCGGAUUUCCACUUACUAGCAGUGAGCCAGUCUAGGGUUAACCCAGCCGAUCAGCAGCGCCAAGCUGACUCGUAUCGAGCCGAGUCCGCUCGCCGGUGGCCGUCCGUACAAGAGCCACUCAGCAGCGGGCUCCAACCGCCACCCCAAGGACCCAUGGCAUUGGAGGAAUUGACACAUGAUGACACUCACUAUUCUGAAACAGUCUCCACCAUACUUCAGAGGCAGGUGACUAGGUGGACGGAUUCCUCGUCCACUGAUCACGUCGCCUACUCAACCCAAUCAGCAUUCGCCAAGUGGACGACUCGCGUCGAACACCACAUGCUGGUGCCAAUUGAGGGCACGUCCCAAUGGCUCCUCAAAUACAUCUUGUUCAGCGUUCCGUUCCUUCACACAAAAUACCGCGACGAGAACUCGCCAAAAUCUCACGAGGGCGAUGCCUCCACUCGGUUGAGGAAAGGGACCCCACAAGAUGAGCUCAGCGCCAAUCAUGUCAUGGCGGAACGGCGUCGUCGCGAGAAGCUUAAUGAGAGGUUCAUUAUACUAAGGUCGCUAGUGCCCUUUGUGACAAAAAUGGACAAGGCCUCGAUACUAGGGGACACGAUCGAGUACGUGAAGCAAUUGCGUAAGAAGAUUCAGGAUCUUGAGGCACGUAACGUGCAGAUGGAGGAUGAUCAACGGUCAAGAUCAUCCGGGGAAAUACACAGGUCAAAUAGUAUGAAAGAGUUGCGGAGCGGGCUCACGGUAGUGGAGCGGACUCGGGUUGGUCCACCCGGGUCGGAUAAAAGGAAGUUAAGGAUUGUGGAGGGAAGUGGUGGUGCGGCCGUGGCCAAGCCUAAAACGAUGGAGGAGUCACCACCUCCACCACCACCACCGCCACCACCACCACAACCAUCACCGACACCUAUGGUGAUGGGUACCUCUCUAGAGGUAUCGAUAAUUGAGAGUGACGGGUUGUUGGAGCUCCAAUGCCCGUAUAGAGAAGGGCUGUUGCUUGAUAUCAUGCAAACUCUAAGAGAGCUAAGAAUUGAGACCACAGUUGUCCAGUCCUCAUUGAAUAAUGGGUUCUUCGUAGCUGAGCUGAGGGCCAAGGUGAAGGAGAACGUAAAUGGCAAGAAAAUAAGCAUUACGGAAGUGAAGAGGGUAAUAAAUCAAAUAAUUCCCCAAUCUGAUUCCUAGUAUCUUUUUAGUGCGUACGUAAUUAAAGAAUUUUGAGGGGAAAAUCAAAUUAUUUGCAAGUAGCUCUAGCAGCAUCAGUACUGUACAAUAUUUACAACACUCUUUUUUUUUUUCCUUCUAAUGGGUGUUUAUUAUUUAUUCCCCUCUGUAAUCUAACAAAUGUAAUAUUUCUGUGACAUUCAAGAUAAUCUUAAACAAGAACUCCAAAACCAGUUUAGUUUUGA